AUGCACAGUACGAUUUUACCGACAGACGAGAGAUUCGUUCAAAGGAAGGUAGGACUCGUGACGAGAGCACAAAGACGGCUGGCCCGCUUUUUUCGCUACCAGCGGUCUAAUGCCGUGUUAGCUCGCUUAUUGCUGGCAGUAUGCGCAAUGGCUACUAUCUAUCGCGUGUUCUUUUUCUCAGUAUCGCCAAUAAACAUUGAUAUUGACGGAACUGGCUCAUUUGAGUUCUACGACUAUUCAAAACAACAGAGUAGUGGUGCCGGUGCUUCCGCAAGAGAAGAGCGCAUUCUCUUGUGCACGCCUCUUCGCAAUGCUGAGGACGUUAUAGAUCUCAUGUUUGACCACUUGCAAAAUCUCACCUACCCGCACCAUUUGAUCGACCUGGCAUUUUUGGUUUCAGACAGUGACGAUAAAACCGAAGAACUCCUGGAAAAACGAGCCAAGUUGGCCUUCAAGCUCCCCCAGGAAGAGCGCUUUGGCUCGGUGGACAUUUUCAAACGUAGCUCUUUCGGUGCUACAGUUGGACAAGGUUUCGACGACCGACAUGGUGUAGCUGUACAAGGCGUACGCCGGAAGCUGAUGGGCAGAGCCCGCAACUGGCUCCUUUCUGCUGCUCUUAAACCCCACCAUUCUUGGGUUUACUGGCGUGACGCAGAUAUUGAGACAUCACCCAAAACGAUUUUAGAAGACUUGAUGGCUCAUGAUAGAGACGUUAUUGUGCCCAAUGUCUGGCGGCCGCUGCCAAAGUGGCUAGGCGGCCAGCAGCCCUACGAUCUCAAUUCCUGGAUGGAAAGUGAGGCCGCGUUAGAGCUGGCAAAAACGCUGGAUGAAGACGAGGUCAUUGUUGAAGGAUACGCAGAGUAUCCUACCUGGCGUCCUCAUUUAGCUUAUUUCCGUCGUGAAGAUGGAAUGGGAAACAUUAAUGACAUUGUAGACCUGGAUGGUAUUGGCGGUGUGUCAAUUCUUGCCAAGGCGAAGGUUUUCAGGGCCGGUAUCAACUUCCCUGGCUUUGCAUUCGAGAAUCAUGCAGAGACGGAGGGAUUUGGCAAAAUGGCUCGUAAACAGGGGUUCUCCGUGGCCGGCUUACCCCAGUACACGAUCUGGCACAAAUACGAACCGAGUGUAGAUGAUAUCCGCGAGAUGAAGGAACGGGAACGCCAAGGUCUACCAAUUGACUAA